AUGAGGACACAACGAGUUGUACUGAAGGCAAGAAACCCAGAAGAACCUUCGACAUCUGGAUUCACGAUGGCUGACGAAGAAGGAAUUUCUGAAAAACAAAUUCAGUUCGACAAAGCGUUGAAGGAAAGCUUUCUCAAGAUCAAAUCGGUAAGUAUAAGUCAACAAAUAUUGAUAAUGUCUCAGUAUUAUUAAUCAUAAUGUUGAUUGCCAUUUUUGAUUCAAAAUUAGUUUAUAUUAUAGUUUUUCCAUCUCGUUUUGAUUCAAGUAUCUUCUUCCUUCUGUACAAUUAACAAUAUUACUUUAGUGCACGUGCUACUGGUCAGGAAUCGACCCAGCAAGAGCCAAGCUAAUGAUAAAAGAUCAACCAGAUGGCACAUUCCUGUUCAGAGACUCGAGAACAUCACAACACAGCCUGUUCACCAUUACCUACAAGGUCAAUGGUCAAGUCAAUCACAGUCGGAUCGGCUACUUCCGUGGCCGUUUUUGUUUGGGAUCCGAGAACGCGCUACUUCAAGCAGAAGACAUGCAGACCUUCGUGAAGAUGAUCGUCGAUACCUCCAAGGCCGGAGACAUCCUCGACAUUCUGGAGAUGCCACGCUCUCAAGAUCAGCGAAGUCAGAAUGUGAAGCUACUUCACCCCUUCACCUGGUACACUCUAAAACCCACGCUGAAACAUCUCUGUCGUCUCGCCAUUCGGAAUCACGUGCACAACGAGUACGACCUCUACAAACUCCCCAUCCCUUGGAACCUGCAGCUUUACGUCGGUCGCAGCGACUAUCACUACAUGAUCGCACCCAACUUCACCAUCAAAAAUGAAAAUGGACAAAUGAUCAUGAACACUUUCUACGACGAACACUAA